AGCAUACCAUCCCCCAAGUGUACACAAAAAGUGUUCUUAAGCAUCGCAAGCACAUGCACCUUUCCUGAAACCUUCCAGUGAUGCUCAAGCAACUUAAAAGUUUAGACACCGGGUUUGCUCCCUUUAGGAUUUUCUUCGUCGAGGAAGAGGUAUACAAAUAAUUUUCCUUACAGACAAGACAAUCAAAGACAAAGUUAAGGUUUUUUGAUGUUCUCGUGGGUCUUCUGCGUCAUACCUCAGUAGCUUUCCGCUGCUUUGGACAAGACAAACGCCCGGCUUAUUCAAAUGACAUACGCUGACCUUACCUUACAGGAAAGCUUAGUUGAUAAACGUCAUUAACAUGGCUUCUGUCACCGAUGCAGAAAAGGCUUUGUGUUCCACAAAUGGAAAAGAAAACUUUCAGCGUUUAACGCGACUUUUGAUGUGCGGAGGAGUCAGGCUCCUUAGGGAAACCUUUGAUUCAAUACAUCCACCUAAAGACCUUCCAUUAAAGCUUGGCGACCCUGCGACAAGGUCACAGCUGAAGAAAGCAAAGCUUUCCAGAGCAGAGUGGAGCUGCCUCUAUCCUCUAACUGGUACCUUUGGCAAGUCCAUCGAGUUUGAUAUUACUUUAACUUUCCGAUUGCUAAGAACAAUAUGUAACCUCACGCCUCCUGUCACUGGAUGGGACAGUUUGCCAAGUAGCGCAGACCGCAGUUUUGAAGCAGAUCUCGCGCGGAUAAAAUUUUACCGCAAUUCCAUAUACGGCCACAACCAUAAAAUGGAAGUCUCAGACUCUGACUUUUGUAAUCUGUGGAAGGAAAUUAGUGAAGCUCUUCUGCGAAUUGCGAAUUACCACGGCCCAGGGAAGACGGAUGAAUGGAAAAAGUCUAUUGGAAAACUGCUAACUGACCCAUUGACUUCAGAAGCCCAAAGUUUCGUUGAAGAACUUGAAUUGUGGUACAAGAAAGACAUGGAAGUUAAAGAUCAACUCCAAGAUCAGUUUCAGGAAGUAAAUGAAAAGUUAGACCUUCUAAUUACCUUCGAGCUGGAGAGUUUUUCCCGCAGAGGACAACCCUUAGCCCAUUUGUAUUCGGGCCCCCGAUCUGCAGGUAUGACCUCGCUGUCCAUACCAGAGCAGCAACCACAAUUUGCAGUUGCCGAAGCAACAUCUGGAGAAAAUCAAGGAGGUGACCAGAAUCCAUCAGAAGAGCCUGACAUCUGGAAAGUCAUUCUGUCAUUUAAAGAAUCCUUUAGGUUGCUUCUGGAUUACUUAUCGAGCCAGCUUAAACUCCGCAUAUUGAGUUACGGUUCGGGAAGUUUGUCCAUAACCGCUGCUUGCAGUUCACUGGAAAUUCUUGAGGGAUUAUGGAAAGACUAUUGUAGCGGCCACCUUAAUACAGUUGCUGAGAAGAUACUUUUUACUUCGGAAGUUUUGAAAAGGCUUUCUCUGAGUGAAGUGAAACUGAGAACCAUAAUUAAGGAGGAGGACUACCAUAAACUCAAACAGUGUCUUGUGGACGAAGAUCAGCUUAAAAAGGCCGAAAGUUGUGUUCAUCUAAGCUUACGUAGCGAUGCCACCAACAAAUCCAGCGUAAAUGUCCAUUAUAUUCUCAUUGAGAAUAUUACCCUAAUUAAGGGACAAGAUUAUCGUACUUCUAAAUUGUUGACAGGCGAAGAAUUAGAAAGAGGAACGAUACUCCAGCAAGAUCCAAGGGACAAAACGCGGUUCGUUUUGGCCGAUCGCCAAGAAGUCUUCUUCUAUGAGAGCUGUUUCGAGGGCCUCGACGAUAAAUUAAAACGCCUUUCAGACGCCUUGGCUAAAAUGCUUUUGGAGAUAGCUUCUUUAGGGGAACGACUACAGUUAUUCAACCGACUUGUAGGACGGGUAAGUCACUUCCACUAA